AGUGUUUCCUACUGCACUUGAAGGCAGCAGAUAGAGCAAGCCUGGCAGACGCUGGCUGAUUUUUACAAGCUCACCAGCAGACAUACCGUUAACAGCAAACCUCAUUCUUAAAAAUAAAAAAAUAAAUUAUAUUAAAUUUUUUUAAAAAGCUCGGGGACAGACUGACAGUGAGGUGGAGUCGGGAUGAACACGGAGGAGACUAAUGUGGAGAUGAAGGAUGCUCAGAGCAUCAGCGCGGAGCAGAAGGGCGGCCCGGACGCGGCUCCGGACGCGGCUCGGGCCGCUGUGGAUGCUGACGCUACCGAGGCUGAUGUGAGCGAGGCCGACCUGGACCAGGAGGAGCAGGAGAAGCAGCCGAUGACCGCCGAUGGAGACCGGCCCCCGGAGGCUCCUCCUGAGGGCAGGGAGGAGGUGGACGCGGAGAAAAAUGGCUCCGUGAAACUGAAGAUCCUGGAUGAGGAGGAGACGUUCACCGGCCUGAACAAGGAGGAGCUGCUGCGGGUGGCGGGGACUCCUGGUUGGGUAAGAACCCGCUGGGCGCUCCUGCUGGUGUUCUGGCUCGGCUGGUUGGGGAUGUUGGUGGGAGCUGUCCUCAUCCUGCUGCAGGCUCCUCGCUGCAGAGAGCUGCCAGCCACCAGCUGGUGGAACGAAGGCCCACUGUACCAGAUCGGAAACAUCCACGCCUUCACCGACACACACAACCUGAAGGGUGUGGAGCAGAAGAUGACCAGUUUGUCCCAGCUGAAGGUGAAAGGUUUGGUGAUCGGACCGAUUCACGUUGCUCCACCUGAUGAAGCCAUGAGCUUGAGGUUUGAGGAAGUUUCGCCUGAAGCCGGAAACCUGGAGCAGUUUAAAGGUGUCAUCCAGGCGGCUCGCCGAAAAGGUAUUUCUGUGGUUUUGGAUUUGACUCCAAACUACCAGGGUUCAUCUGGACCCUGGUUCUCCAGAAGCAGCGUAACAAACGUAGCAGAGAGACUGAAGUCUGCCCUGGUGUUCUGGCUGAACGAAGGAGUGGACGGAGUCCAGCUGUCUGGAGUGGAGCAGCUGGCCAGCACGGUCCCAGCUCUCUGGGACGACAUCCGGGCCAUCGUCCAGAACGGGACAGACCAGGAUCUGAGAGGCGGGUCAGAAAGACUCCUGCUCGGCGUCACAGAAAGCUCCUCUGCUGACGGUGUGUCUGCUCUUCUGUCCUCCACUGGAGUGGACCUCCUCAUAUCCAAAGUUCUGACCACAGGCGGCCCGGAGCCCGCCCGCACCAUCCAGAGGCUCUACUCCAACCACACGCAGACCAAGCUGGCCUGGAAUCUUGGGGGGCGAGACGAUGGUCACCUGGCCUCAUUAGUUCCCCCAGCUCAUGUCAAACUGUACCAGCUGCUGCUGCUGACGCUGCCUGGGACGCCUGUCUUCAGCUACGGAGACGAGAUCGGCCUGAUGGACGGGGAAACCAAGUUUCCCACGAUGCUUUGGGACUAUGAAGAGGAACUGAAUGGAACUCUGCAGGAGGAUCAGACUGACAGGCUGUCCCUCCGCAACUUCUUCCGUUCUGUGAGCGAGCUGCGGGCCAAACAGCGCUCCCUCCUUCACGGGGACUUCCUCCUCCUCUCCAACUCCUCCUCGUCUCUGGCGUACCUGCGGGUCUGGGAUCAGAACGAUCGCUACCUGGCUGCCUUCAACUGGGGGCCGGAGGAGGAGGCGGUGCUGCAGAUGAACGAAGCAGCGUUGCCUCGGCAUGCUGCGGUCGCCCUCAGCACCAACAGCAGCGCCCUCCCUGAAGGCAGCAGCGUGGACCUGAUGGAGCUGCGGCUCGGCCCGGGGCAGGCCGCACUCAUCAAGCUUCCUCACGCCGGAUAGAGGAAAACGUUUAGUAUUUGCAUUUCCUUUAUGUCCGCAUGUAUUGUGUCAACCUGCAGAUGAUGUUGCUGGAGAGCGGAGCACCGAAUCAGAGCAGUUAUUGUUGUGACACAUUGUGACUUCUGUUGUCUGCAGGGAUUCCCAAACCUUUCCAUGCCACGGCACCCCAGACUGCAUCAGGUUCUGGGCAGGGGCCCCCUUUGAAAAACUCGCCAAAUAUAUACAGGAACAGCAACUUUUAGAAUGAUUCUCUCACUUAUAUUCUAUAUUCUCAAUUGUUCAAUUAGCAUAAAUGCCGCCUCACACCUCUUGAUCUUAUAGUUGGCCAUCCUACAGUUACUUGAGGAGUAAAGCAAAUUUUUUGAGUUAAAAAAACCCAACAAUGUUAGAUCAUGGUUUCUCCAGAGGAGGAGACACUUUGGGGCUAAAGGUUUUGCUACUAAAAAGAUCUGUGAACGUUGGCUCAGCUGUAAACAGAAGCUGCUCUCAUUUUUAUGCGCCUUGUUCAAAACAAUCAGCCUUACAUCAGAAGUGAGUGGCUAACACAAGGCUGGGCAGGAAACAUGGAAAUCCCUCCAGCUGUGUUCUGUUACUGAAACUGAUAAACUAACCAAUAAGAUUCAUUCUCUUCUUCUUUGGUCUUGUUUUACCAGGAGUGUAAGAGGUGAACGUGACUCUCGUCUGUAUCUGUAACACACUGUGCACUUAUGUAUUGCAUUCUGUGAAAAAUAAUAAAUUAAAAACAUACACUGUUUCCAAGCAAGCAAA